AUGUUCCUAAAUGGUGAUUGUGUUAAGGAUAGACAGGACUAUCUCGACAUUGCUUUAAGUUUACCCUUCUUGUAUGAUGUUAAUACGGCAAUGGGAAUUAUCGUUAAAACGUACCUUGAACAUGUUAUAAUUUUAUCAAAAGAUAAUAAUGACAAGGCAGCCAUAAGAUCACACAUACCUGAAGCAUUAAAGAAGUUAGAUGGAACGUUUACGGGAUGUAUAAAUGUGAAAGCAGACUUAGAGAAUGGACUCGUAUUUUGGGACGAGGUUAUUAUCGCCGUAAAUUCUCUUAAAACCAGUGGUGCUAUUUCUAAUGAAUUAGCAUCACAAUUUAUAAACGCAAACAAUUGGUUAUCUUCUCGAAGACCAUAA